AUGAAGACAUCAUCAUCAAGUAUAUCAAGUAUAGCCAGAUCAAGUAAUUUAGAAUUACAAUCCACAUCACUGGCUUCUAGUAGAAUGUCAAAUGAAGAGUUGCAAAAAGAAGAAUCACACGAACAAGAAAAUCAACAUGAAGAAAAAGAAGAUGAAGUAGAAGAUGAAUUAGAAGAAGAACUGCAUGAACAAGAAGAAGAACAAGAAAUUGAAUCGCCUCAAAAGCCAAGACAAGAUUUGAUUGAUUGUUUAGAUCAAUAUGUUUUGACAAAUAGAGGUGGAAAUGGACAAACGUUUAGUAAUUUUCCUAUAAUUAUGAAAAUUCCCAUAGAUGAAGAAAAACAAACAAAAUCAAUUGUUGAAGAUGUUAUUUCACAAUGUUUAGGAAUAUCAUCAAUUUACCAUCAAGGCCAUAGUAGUAGUCAUGAAGGUGAAGACCAACAACCACAACAAGAGGAUAAAGAUGAUCAGGAAGAAGAAGAAGAAGAAGAACAUUCUUGUGAGAGUUAUAUAACAAUUGGGUUUACUACUAAAAAUGAAUUGGAUGAUUUGAUUUAUAAAUUAUAUGAAGAACAAAUUACUUUUGAUUUGGAUUAUUCAAAAUUUAUUUCUCAUCCAGGUAUACUUUUCAUUAAGAAUUUAUCAAGUAAUUUAAUGUUUGAUGAUGAUUUCACUUUGGAUUCAAUUACAAUUAAUGAAUCUACUAUUCCAAAACAUAAAUUGUUUGAGUUUUUAAUGGAUAAUUGUCACUUUAAAUCAUUAAGAGAAGUCAAGAUAUUCAAUAAUAAUAAUAAUAACAAUAAUAAUAAUAACAAUGAUCAUCAUCAUCAUCAUCAUAAUCAUAAUAAUAGUCACAAUCAUCAUAACAAUUCCCCAUCAUCUACGUCUUCAAACUUGUCAUCAUCAUUUGCAAUUGUUAAAUUUACAAAUCAUUUGGAUGUUGAUAUUUUAAUUAAGAAAUUUAACAAGUAUGUUCCUAAUAUUUUCAAUAAUAAUAAUUCAGUUCCAUUAUUUCUUAAUAAAUAUCUUAAUAGAAAAGAACGAUUUGUACCUUCAAAUUUAUCAUUAAAUUCAUCACAACAAUUGUUUUCAAAUGGUGGUGGUAAUACUACCACUAAUAAUAAUAAUUCAAAAUCAAAUGAUAAUUUCAAUCUUAUAAUUGUUGAAAAUUUAAUUAAUUUUUUACCUCAAUCAAAUUUAUCAAGAUUUGAAUUUGAAUCAUUUAUUAAUAAAUUUAAAAAUUUUGGUAAUUUUAUUGAAAUGAUUUAUUUUCCAUUGAUUGAUAAAGGAGUUAAUUUGGAUGAUAUUAAAACUUUUGAUUAUGGAUUUAUAAAAUUUAAACAACCAAAUAUUAAUUUAAUGGAAAAUACUUUACGUAUUUUAUAUUAUUUGAAUGAUUUAACCUGGGAAGAGUUUAUGGAUUUGGAUAUUGAAAAUUUACCUGGUUUGUUAGAAAAAGAUGAUGAUACUGAAGAAGAACAGGAAAUACAAAAGGAAGGAAGUGCUGAUAAUACUGAUGGUGAAGAACAACAACAAGAUGAAGGUGAAGAGGAAGAAGAUUCUCAACCAGGAAGAAUUUUAAUAACUAUUGCUCAACAUAAACAUAACCAUUAUUUGUUUGGUCAAGCUAAUAACUUUUAUUUAUCAUUGAAUAAAAAUUCAUCAAUUGGAGUUAGUUUUCCAAAUCCAAUAUUUACUAUAAAUCAAUUUUCAAGAAAUUUGAAUUAUCAAGAAACAAAUAUUUAUGUAAAUAAUUUACCAAUUGUAUUUAAUAAUGAUGAUGUUACUUGGGAAUCAUUUUGGACUCAAUUUGGUGUAAUUAAAUCAGCAAAAAUUAUUAAACCACAAUUUUAUCAUGAAGAUGAAGAUGAACAUAAAUCAGGUAAAAUUGGAUUUGUAUUUUAUAAGAAUUUUAAAAUGGCUAUUCGAGCAAUAUUAAUGACUAAUAAUAAAGUUGUUAAUGUUGAACAUUUUAAUCCAAUAAUUAUCCAAUCAUCAUUUGCUAUUCAAAAAUCAAACAAUAGUAAAGAAUUUAAACAACAACAACAACAGCAGCAGCAACAACAACAACAUCAAUUACAAUUACAGUUACAGUUACAGUUACAAUUACAACAACAAGCUCAUAAUAUUCAUAUUCCACAUCAUCACCAUCAUCAACAUAAUAAUAAUAAUAAUAACCAAAACUACCACCAUCAUCAUCAUAUUCAUCUGCAACCACUACAUCAUCUUGCACUGCAACCACAUCAUUUACCACAGAAUUUAUCCAUGCAGGGUGGUCAUAUUUAUCAUAAUUCAAAUCCUAUUAAUACAGGUCAAGGAGCAGGAGGUGUUAUCAAUAAUCAUAAUAAUCAUAAUAAUAAUAACACUAAUGGUAACAAUAAUAAUAAUAGUAGUAAUGGUAAUGGUGGUGUUGCAAUUGCCACUGCGGCAGCAAUGGCUGCAGCUGCAGCAGCUGCUGCGAAUAAUCAACCAUAUUUUGCAUAUCAACCAAUGAUUCCUUAUUAUUAUGGAUAUCAUCCAAAUCCAUAUCAAUUUACUAAUGGACUCCCACCAACUAGUGUACCUCCUCCACCACCGCCACCACCGUCAUCACAAACUCAUCAUACUAAUAAUACAGGACAUGGAAAAUCUUUAGGUGAUAAAUCCAUUGAUAGAUCAUCUGGAUCUUCAAUUCAUGCUGGUUCAAGUAGUCCCUCAGUUUCUAAUGAGAAUUUAAGUGGUAAUAAUGAUAGUGGUGGUAAUCCUCAUAAUAACAUGACGGCAUAUUCAAAUUAUUUGAUACCUACUAGAGCUUAUCCGUAUUAUUAUUUUGAAGGUCAGAAUAGUACUACCAACUCUACAGAAAAGUCAAGUAAAGAUUGA